UUUCCCCUCAUUUUUUCCGUCCUCAACGGAUCAUCCUGUCUAUUUAUACUCCUCUUCUGCACCCUUUUCAUCCGUCUGCUCCUAGCCCACCCAUCUCCAUAAUGUCCUCCGAUAAGGUCCUCAACGUAGGUGUCGUCGGCACCGGUUUAUUUGCCACCGACAACCACUUGCCAAACUUCCAGCAGUCCUCUCAGUUCAAAGUUGUGGGUGCCUACAACCGUACUAAGGGUAAGGCUGAAACUUUUGCCGCCAAGGCUGGUUUGACCGAUUCCCAGGUCUACGACUCCUUGGACGACAUUUUCUCCCAAAAGUCCAUCGAUGUCAUCGACGCCUUGUUGCCAGUGCAGUUCAACUUGGACGUGGUCAAGUUGGCCAUCAAGCACAACAAGCCUUUGUCUUUCGAGAAGCCAAUCGCUGCCAACUUGGAGCAGGCCAAGGAAAUCGUCAAGUUGUCCAAGGCCACAGACUUGCCGAUUUUAAUCUUAGAGCAGUACUCCUACUUCAAGGCCGUUGACUUUGUCAAGUCUCACCUUCCAAGCAUCGGUAAGGUCUACGCCUUUGAGUACUCUUCCACUGGCGCCUUUGCUGCCAGUAGUAAGUAUUUGGCCACCUCCUGGAGGGCUGUUCCGGAGCACAUUGGUGGCUACUUGUCCGAUGGUGGUGUCCACCAGUUGGCUCUCUUGACCGGGAUUUUGGGUGAGGUGGAGUCUAUCUCCGCGCACACCAACCAGAUCAGAAAAGAGUCCGGUACCGACGAUAUUUUGUUCUCCACCGUAAAGAUGGCCUCCGGUGCCAUUGGUACCUUUAACUACGGCUCUGCCUUUGGUGCCACUGAAAAGAAGUCCACGUUGAAGGUGUUGGGUGACAAUGGUUCCAUCUUGUACGACUUUACUCAGCGCAACACCGCCGUUGUAAAGGUUUCUAUCGGAGCCAAUGGUGAAGUCGAAGCCAACACCCAGGUGUUUGAGUUCGAGGACCCAAACGGCCAGGCUGCUGAAUUUGAAAACUUUGCCGAGGCUGUCUCCAAGAAAGACAAGUCCUUGGUCAAGGUUUCCCCAGAGGUUGCUUUCCACCACUUUGCCAUCGUUGUUGCUGCUAUGGAAUCCUCUGCCAAGGGUGGUGAGUCGGUCAAGAUUGCUCAGCCAUAGAGAGAGGCCUUUGUCAUUGGACCCACGAUGAGAGUAAGCUUUAUAAUUGAAUAUAGAACCGUGUUACAUAGUGUAUUGAAGUAAAUCGUAUAUAUGCAUGUUGCUCGUGAAC